UCAUUUUAUUAGUACGCCGGUAAAGAACAGAUCGUUUUUAAAAAAGUCCCCAGAAAAAUUUUUCGUUUUUUUUUUUUUGUCCAAGAUAGUUAAAACUUUCUCCUUCUUUUUUUCGUUUCGGAUUUUUCGACAAAAUUUUGAGUGUGGAAAUAGACGGACUAGUUUUAAUCACCCAAAAUUCUUGUAGUAUUACUUGCGUUCGAGGGGAUUUUUUGAAAGCCCACAUCCGAUUUUCAAAUAUCCGAAUAUAACCAAGCAGAACUAACCGCCGAUCAGGAUGAACAAUCUACGUCAGAUUCACUGCUCGUUGAAAAACGCGUGUGUCCUGUGCAAACCGCAUGUCCUGUCCAGUGUUGGCGUGAGAUUCUCCUGCGGCGAUGGCAAGACGAUGGCGAAAGGCGUGGUCGUCGGCCUCUAUCAGAAGGAAGGCGACAAGGAUCCCAAGCUGACUCCCGCCGGCCACAAGAUUGACCAGCGCGUCCAAGGCAAGCUGAUGAAGGCGAUCUGUGAAACGAAGUUGGACGGACGACUGGGUCGCGGCAAGGUGUUCCACAACAUCGACACCGAAUUCGCAGCCGUUGCCGUGGUGGGCGUGGGCCUGGAGGGCAUCGGCUUCAACGAACUGGAAAUGCUGGACGAGGGUAUGGAGUUCGUUCGGGUGGCGGCCGGCGUAGGUGCCAGAUCCCUGCAGCAGCAGGGCAUCACCAACGUCUUGGUGGACGGCAUGGACUACGCAGAGCAGGCGGCCGAGGGCUCCCAACUGGCCGUCUGGCGAUUCCCGGACAAUCUGUCCAAGAAGAACAUGCCGAUGGUGCCGACCUUGGAGCUAUUCGAGUCGCCGGAUCACGAGGGCUGGACUCGGGGCAUCUUCAAGGCGGAGGCCCAGAAUUUGGCGAGACGCUUAAGCGAUGCCCCCGCCAACUGCAUGACGCCUACCAUGUUUGCCCAGGCCGCCGUGGACGCCCUGUGUCCCUGCGGCAUUACCGUGGAGGUUCGCACCAUGGACUGGAUCGAGGCCCAGCGCCUGAAUGCCUUUCUGAUGAUCGCCAAGGGCAGCUGUGAGCCGCCAGUGCUCCUGGAGCUGAGCUACUGCGGCACCGCGCCCGAUGACAAGCCCAUUUUGUUCGUGGGCAAGGGCAUCACCUUCAACUCUGGUGCCCUCAACCUGCGCCCUUGCAGAGGCAUGGAUGAGUAUCGGGGCAGCAUGUCCGCAGCCGCCUGCUGUGUGGCCAUGAUGCGCUGCAUCGCCGCCCUGUCGCUGCCCAUCAAUGUGACGUGCAUCAUUCCGUUGUGCGAGAACAUGCCCUCAGGAAUGUCGGCUAAGCCAGGCGAUGUGGUCACCCUGCUCAAUGGCAAGUCAAUGGCCAUACGUGAUCUGGACAAGGCUGGUGUGGUUGUGCUAUCGGAUCCCCUGCUCUACGGACAGAAGACCUACCUGCCCAGGUUGGUGGUGGACAUUGCUACCCUUAACACGGGUGUGAAGAAGGCCUUCGGUGGUGGCGCCACUGGCAUCUGGUCCAACUCUCACUACAUCUGGAAGCAGUUCCAGCGAGCUGGCUCCAUUUCCGGUGACCGUGUGUGGCGUCUGCCACUCUGGCAAUACUACAGGCGCCAGGUCACCGACGAGCGCGCCUAUGAUCUGAGCAACAAUGGACGGGGGUUGGCCACCUCCUGCCUGGCGGCGGCCAUCCUUCAUGAACUUGUGCCCUGCGUGGACUGGGCACAUCUUGACACCCGUGGCACUGGACUCCUUACCAAGUACGGACUAGUGCCCUACCUAACCAAGAAGCGCAUGACCGGGCGACCCACCCGAACCCUUGUUCAGUUCGUCUACCAAAUGGCCUGUCCGGAGAUGAAGUAAUCCCUUUAGCUGAUUAAGGCGGUUCUGUUGCCGUGUGAUCAGUGAUCAGUGCAGUGAUCAGUGGCCGAAUCACAUUCGACCAAGUGUUAUAUUUCGUUUGAUAUUUUCAAGUAAAUCAAAUAUUUUCGGCGUGA